GCUUAACCAACUGAGCCACCCAGGCGCUCCGACAGGAGGGUAUUUCUAAAAAACUUAUUCAUGAUCACUGAGACUUGUUGCAUUGCUUCUUGCCUUGAGAUUUCACCCCUUCUACCUCCUUCCUCUUUUCGUUUCUUCACCAGUGGGAAGUGGUCAAAGGAGGAAGUUCAAGAGUGGGGAAAGCAGAAGGUUGGAAGAUGCCGGAGCUGGGUCGGAGUUGACUGGCUCCAUCAAGGGGGGCUUGUGCGAAGAGAGAAUGAACCUGCUGCUGCUCUUCCUCCUCUUCCAGGGUGCAGGCUCAUCUGCCCUCGUAGCAGUGUCUAAGGCAGUGAGUGGCCCAGUGCGGGGCUCACUGACCGUGCAGUGUCGCUAUGAACCCAAGUGGGGGACCUACAGUAAGUGGUGGUGUCGAGGAGCUGAGUGGAAAGACUGCCAUAUCCUCGUUCAAACCGAUGGAUCAGAGCGGGACAAGAAGGGUGACCGAGUGUCCAUCAAGGACAAUCACAAAUUGCGCACAUUCACCGUGACCAUGAAGGAGCUCAGGUGGGACGAUACAGACACUUACUGGUGUGGGAUUAAGAGAUCUGGACCUGACCUUGGGGUUCAAGUUAAAGUGACCAUUGACCCAGCACCAACUACAGUGUCAACCACCACCACCUCAACCACCAUGUCCGCAGCACCAGCAGAGACCGAAGGCCCCCCGACUGUGAGCCGCCCCACCAGUGGCAGUGCUAACUCCAUGAAGCUCAGCAUCCUGAUUCCCCUCAUCUUGGCUGUGUUACUGCUUCUCCUGGUGACGGCCUCAUUCUUGGCUUUGAGAAGGAUGAAGCCGCAGAAGGGAGCUGCUGGGAUAUCCCCAGAGCAGGUGGUCCAGCCCCCAGAGGGGGACCUCUGUUAUGCAAACCUGGCCCUGGAGCCAACCAGCACCUCCCACAACUCCUCCCAGAAGAAGGCCUGUACAAAGUCCUCCUCCUCUGCCCUGGAUGAUCAGCAGGAAGUGGAAUAUAUCACCAUGGUCUGCUGAAGGAAGAGCUCAUUGCAGUUUCUGCACAAACCGCCCACGUUGUAUUGUCUUGUUCUAGUUUCUCUAACAUGGAGCAAGACAUUCUAGACACUUAUGAAGCAAUCAGAUUACAAAACCUUUCUUCGUUUUUAUGUUUUUUCCUCCUGAUAUUUUACAGUUCUCUCACUCAUUCCUAGUUUAGUUAGCAAUUUUUUGACAGAAUUUUUUUUUAACGACAUGAUUUUAUUGAGUCUUUCCAAAGCAUUCAAUCUAGUUUUUGUAGAAAUGACCAUUCUUUUUUUGUUUACCCUCUUAUGACAUUGGUCAAUAUCCUUUUUGUUUGCACUUUUAAUUGAUUAGUUUAUAUGUGGAUUAAUUGACAUAAUUAUAAUUAGUGUGUAUGAUUGACCAAAAGUUUGAAGAGUGUUGGCUAAUCUGGUACAUUGGUUAAGAGAAGGUUUUGUUAAGAAAGUUUCUACUAAACUAUUUGUUAUGACCCUAAUUUCAUAAAAGAAAGGACAUUUGAGCAGGACCAGGCCAGAAUAGUAGGCAGGUUUCCUAAGAAAGGAUAGUUGAGGGCGCCUGGGUGGCUCAGUUGGUUAAGCGACUGCCUUCGGCUCAGGUCAUGAUCCUGGAGUCCCUGGAUCGAGUCCCGCAUCGGGCUCCCUGCUCGGUGGGGAGUCUGCUUCUCCCUCUGACCCUCCCCCCUCUCAUGUGCUCUCUCAUUCUCUCUCAAAUAAAUAAAUCUUUAAAAAAAAAAAAAGAAAGGAUAGUUUAUAGCUUUCUGCCAAUAUGGUUUAGGCUGUGUGUGUGUAAUCUCCUACAAAUUGAUUGAUACUUUGUCCAGGGAUGGUACUCACCUGUGGACUAAGGACUGGCAGCCACUGAUCUCAUUCACACUGUUCUCUGGACAUGGAUUCUCUCUGCUAUAUCCCAGCUGGUGUGGCCUAGGGUUCCCCAAAGGCCUCUAGUAAUCAUAUUUGUCUGGACGCUGACUAAGGUUGUCAUUCACGAUGGCCCCAUGGCCCUACAUCAGUUGGGAAAAGGGCCUCUUCAGCCAGAUUCCCCCUGCACAGCAUAAGCCCUUCCCCAAACUAGCCCAUUGUGACUACAAACUCACAUGGCCCUGUCUUGAGGGUGUGCAGUUCUUGCAUCAAGAAAGGAUGAUGAACUCAGGUCUGCUGAAGGAAUCUCUGAGGACAGGUUCAGAAUUAAAGAAGGGGUAAGACUUUGUUCCUAAGGGUCACAGAUAGAGAAGAGACAUUCUAGACCUUGGUGUGGUAGAACAUCUGCUUCAGCGGAGAGGAGGUGUUUACUACAGGUUCCAGCAUAAAAAUUCCAUCCUGGGGAGUUUCUGAAGCCUCCCACAUCCCUCCCCAUCAUCACCUUCCUUCUUCUGUGUUGCAGACCCAGAUGUCCCCAAUCCUGUCUUUUUUUUAGCUUAUUGUCUCAUUUUAAGUUAUGAAAUAUUUGGUGAGUCUAUAUAAUGUGUAUAUAUGAUAUAAAACAUAAUGAAACAAACACCCAUGUACCUGCCACCCUACUGAAGAAAUGGAGUUUUACCAAUGCUACCAAAGCCACACAGCUCAUUAUUUUCCUUUUUUUUCCUCCCAAGGAGGAAUAUGCUUGCAUAAAGUGGCUUCGGGUUCCCUCACAGCCCUUGAACCACUCUCCUUGCCUUCAUGUUAAUUAGCAAGGUCAUCAGGGGAGCUGGUCUGCAUUACGGAGCAUUCUGUACCAAACUGACAAGUCUAUGCAGCUCUUCUUAUUUUAAUAUUAUUUUUCUCCCUCAAUAAAACCAAUGCCCAAUUGUGCCUUUGUGUUAUUUCAGGAUCUGGCAAUUGUUUUGCUAUUUGAAAAGCAGCCACAUAGAGUUUCCUUCUGGAAUUCCCACACAGAGUACUGCCCUCUGUCAAGGAUGGUGAGGGUUUCUGUGAUAAAGAAGCAAAAGGUUGGGGCGCCUGGGUGGCUCAGUCGUUAAGUGUCUGCCUUCAGCUCAGGUCAUGAUCCCAGGGUCCUGGGAUCGAGCCCCACAUCGGGCUCCCCGGUCUGCGGGAAGCCUGCUUCUCCCCCUCCCACUCUCCCUGCUUGUGUUCUCUCUCUUGCUGUGUCUCUCUCUGUCAAACAAACAAAAUCUUUAAAAAAAAAAAAAAGCAAAAGGUCACAGCCCCUGGUCUCAGUCAUACUGCCCGCUGCCAGCCCUCUGGUCAUUGGAAGGAGUUGCCAAGUUCAGACAACGACCUCAUUUCAAAAUUUCACACUGCCUCUGCAAGAUUAAUAAUAAGCCAGAAAAGCAGAAGGACUAAACCCCAGAGACCCUGUGAUCUUCCACUGAAAUCUUUGGCAAGUAAAAGUAGGAGCAGUGGAGAGGUAAAGUAUUUUCUCUUAAAACACACGGAGACAUGAGAACAGAAGAGAGAGGAAGUGGAGGUAAAGUGAAGGGGAGUCUUCCCCGGAGUGGUAUUGGUGUCAGUUGAGUCUAGGCUUUCUUUCCUGGGGUUGCUAUCCUGCAGUUGGGUUUCAUGGAGGCAAAUCCCCAGGAGGUAAUAUUGCUUGGCUCCUCUGCCCUUGAGACCCAAUUAACAGUGACUCACUGCAGUAAGCCUGCUUUCCAGUGGCAUCUGGGCAGCUCUGGAGGCAGUCUUGAAUCUGCAUUGCGCAUGAAUGUCCCCCAUGGCACUGACUCUGCUUUAGUGUGUGUCCUGGGCCAGGUUGAAAUUGUCACGAGGGUUGCACUAGAAUUGUGGGAAGUCAGCAUCAGAAGGGGCAGUUUCCGGGU